AAAAAACUCCCCCCGGCGCAAGGAGAAGUUGUGUUUGCUGCACGGAAGGCGCAUGCGCAAGCCGCGACGUUCUUACAACGAUCACCACCAGGAGGGAACAAGCUGCAGAACUCGAGAAGCUACGCGUCUGCCAUCCGUGGCCCCCACUCGGGGGCCAGCAGCGCCACGAGUAGUACUACUGAACGACUUGCAACAGUGCACGAAAACGUGCCGCAAGAUGAUCAUUCGCCGGAACAGCGGCCCCAAACCCCGCAGCUGGAGCCGCGCUCCUCGUGUGAUGUUUUCCAAAACUACUGUACUUCGUCGGCCGCCCACGAGGACCAUGACGGUAGAAGUGGUGCGACGUCGUCGUCGUCGCGGCAGGAGGAGCCCGGGGGCUACACCGAUGUCGUCUCUAAAGGCUCGCUGGGUCACCCGCAUACCUGCUUAUGCAUUGCAAAACAACAAGUGUCGCACACGUCGCACUGGUAUAAGUAAACAAACUGCUUGGGUGCAAUUUAUUUCACAUCAAUGCGAAGGAGAGGCGCUUAUUGUAUAUUUCAUUUAUAAAUAUGCUGAUUAGAAGUGCAGCUGAUCAUAAAACCAAAGGCGGUGAUGGUUCCGCAGUACUAUCGCAGUUUUUUACUAUAUACAACUAGUACGACUACGAGUGCGACACGACCACCUUUGAAGUGGAUACUGGCAAGCUCCGUGUAAAUACAACUGGACAAAAAAGGGCUGCAAGGACGGAAAAAACUGUAACCGCUGCCAUUUGUGCUCCUGGAAAGACUUCUACGGAAAAUUUGAAGGCAAGCACCGGCCUCGGUCCCGGUUCCGGUUCUCGGACCCCGAUGCCUGUGGUUCCGGUUCCGCCUCCGCCGAACAAGCUUCGUCCCCUAUUACAAUGAAAAAUGCCCCCACCCCACACUUGGCAGCAUUUGUGUUGCAAAUCUUUCCAACAGAAACAUUUCCCGUCUUGCAUAUCUCAGCAUCACAAACUUUCCAUGCUGAAUAGGUCGAAUUUGUGUUGCGAAGGGGCCCAACAGCAGCCGGAUCUGUUACGCACAAGGCACCUUGCGCACCUAGAUUCUGCAUCAGAAAGGCUCGCAAUCCUUGCAUGCAAGACAAAAAGCUUUCAUUUGGAAAAUUUUGCAUGCCAAACUUCUGCAAAUUCCGGGAUGGGGGCACUUUUCAUUGUAAUAUCCUCUACUCCCGGGACCACGAGUGGUUCCGGCUCAGCGGAUAUCAAAAGGAAAAAUCCCUUAUCAAAAUCAAAACGAAAUUUCUGAUGCUGGAUUUGGAUACACGAGGAGGACUAAAAGUCAAAAGAGCAGCAAAUAG